AUGGAUUCUCCAACACUCCAACCCGAUUCUCCUCUUGACCAGGACGAAGUGCCAUACCCCUGUAUGGGCUGUGGAGAGAUUCUCGAGGAAGGCAAAGCAUUUGAACUCUCGGGGCAAAGAUGGCACAUCGAUUGCUUCCGCUGCAGCACUUGCGGUACCCUCCUCGACUCGGAUGCGCACCUCCUACUCCUGGGCGAUGGGUCGUUGAUUUGUAGCAACUGUACCUAUAGCUGCAACUCCUGCGGCAACAAAAUUGAGGAUCUCGCUAUCUUGACGGGCGACCAGGCAUUUUGCGCCCAGUGUUUCCGGUGUCGCAAUUGCAAGAGAAAGAUCGAGAACCUACGCUAUGCCCGAACAUCUCAAGGAAUAUUUUGCAUGGAUUGUCAUGAAUCCUUGAUGCAACGAAGGCGGAAGAAAAAAGCAGGCGCUACGAGCAAAAGACCAGGGGCUCCGGGGGUGAAACUGGACAAAUCCCUGCCGUCUCUACCUCCCAGCAUGGAGGAUGCUCGAUCCAUUGACGAGGCGGCCAGUGACAUAAUGGACGCAGACACGCCCCGAGGCCAUACGGAGAAUCAUGGAGAAUCUGCACGCGCGGACAUUUCUGCUGCAGGUCUACAAAGUGCAACGGACAAUCUCCUCCUUCCUUCUAGCACUUAUCGAAGUAGUCGCCAGAUCGCUGCGGACCGUGCCGCUGAGAACACUGUGGGCGGCGGCGAGUUCCUGAUCCCACUCGCUUUUGAUCCCUCAGAGACUUAUCGGGAGUCAUCCCAGCCGCAGAGUCAACAGGAGCUACCGCGUGACUAUUUCAAUUCAGUAAAGUCAAGUGAACCAUCUCACAUGAACAGCUACGACCGUGACCACACACUUGAGCCUCCCUCCCACACGCCCUCGGAACAUGCCUCACCUCAUAUCGCAUACCAGGAGAAAGGCAGGGAGCCCCGCGACACUGAUGUCAGCCGGCGAGACUUGGAUGGUCGGACCGGACGGCCGGCCAAGCACUCUACUGCCCACUCCGACAUGGCUCGACUGAGUCGGCCAGCAUCCGCUAGAAGCUCCCGCUCUGACUUGCAUCUAGCGUUCCGUGAUGCGAGUGGGUCACCUUCUACCUCCGCUCGCCCUUCAGCAGAGCUCCGCCGUCCCCACGAGCAUACCAAUGGGGAUGCAGGUCGCUCACAGCGUCCAAAUACCAUGGCUCAUAUACCAAAGCGGGGUGAUUCACUGGAAGGCAGACAUCAACAGUCUUCCCAAAAGGACUCCAAUGCACCGCUUGUCUCAUCGCCAUAUGUCGGGUCGUCAAAGGCAUCCGACCACAGCGCUACUGACCAGGCCCGGAGACCAGCAGUUUCUGCCAUUACCAACUUCGACGGUGCAGGUUCACCGUCUCGGUUGCGGAACGGUGAGACGGACCAUGACCAGACCAGCGAGUCUCUGUUGCGUCGCAUCUCAAGCGGCGUUCGUCAUGGGCGGAGUCUCAGCGACCGAAGCAUUCGCCUCGGAAAAGAAAGCAAGGAGCCCCGUUCACCUGCCAGCGGUGGCUCAAUCGCAACGGACUUAGGCAGCCCGACGGCAGGUACAACCCAGGCCGAGGAAAUUGCCUGGCUUCGGAGCGAGCUCCGCAAGGAACGCAAGCGUGCCAAUGACAUGGAAGCGGCUAUGAAUGCGGCAGCAGAUGUGAAACAGGUCAACACUGAGCUAUCGGAAAAGCGAUCCACCAUGGUUGUUCUUGAUGCCCAAAGAGAAAUUGUGCUGCGUGAGCUCACAGUCCUCACGGAACAUCUGGAGGCUGAGAAGCGCGGCACUGUUGGUGGGCCAUUGGACCUUGGAAAGUUCUCCAACCAGGUCCUCCGCGAGCUAGCUGAAUCUAUUCACAAGCUCAAGGAAUCAUAUAGCCCACAGAUCGAAGAGAUGAUCCAGAAACGCAAUGAUCUGUCUGACGAGCUCGCCAACUUGAACCGCCAGAAGGAAAAGGCGUUCCAAGAAUUCGAGCAGCUUUCGCUGAAGAAUGCCCAGUUGGCCGAGUUGAACAACACACUCGUGCACCAGAUCCAAGAGCUCUAUAAGAGCACAUCGGAUGGACAACGCGGAGGAAAUGGAUUGGGACUGAUAUCUCAUGGCAAGGACAAGUCGAUUGGAUCGCUGGAAACGCUGAAGCCAAGCAUUGAUGGUCUGGCAUCUUCGAUCUCCACUGCCCACAUCUCGGACGAUAUUGAGACUCAGACUGCCACUGCUACAAUUGUGCCCGGUCCCCAGGUUGUGAAUGUUCGUAAGGGCAAGUUUAUGAACUGGAAGAAGGGAGGGCAGAACGUUGCCAAGGGUGUCAAGGGGUUGAAGGGAGCAUUUAUGUCGAGUGAAAAUGGCGAGACCGGCGGUGGUCUUCCGCGCUCCCAGACUCAAGAUCCCAGCCGUCAAGGCUUUGGUUUCUUCGGUAAUCAGCGCGGCAAACAAGGUGGUAAGAUUUCGCAGGCUGACAGCACACCGGUUUUGACUGAAGUUGCUGCUGGUGGUCUCUUCGGUACCGAUCUCGAGGCUCGGAUGGAGCAUGAGAAAAGCAUCAUCCCUGCGAUUAUCACUCGCUGUAUCCAGGAAGUGGAACUACGAGGAAUGGAUAUGGAGGGCAUUUACCGCAAGUCGGGAGCUGCUUCCGCGAUUCAAGGCAUUCGUGAGGGCUUUGAGCGCUCUCCCUUUGAUUAUGACAUCUCCGAUCCCGAUCUCGACAUUCACGCCGUGACUUCGGCUCUGAAGCAAUACUUCCGCAAGCUUCCAAUGCCACUCAUCACGUAUGAUGUCUAUGACAAAAUCAUUGAUUCUGCUGAUGUCACGCAUACCGCCACCCGCAUUGACCUACUUCAAAAGAAUCUGUCAGAGCUUCCGCGUGUGCACCGAGACGUUCUUGAGUUCCUGGUCUUCCAUCUGAAGCGUGUUGUUGAGCGCCAAGAUGAGAAUCUAAUGACCAGCCAAAACAUUGCGGUCGUCUUUGCGCCCACAAUCAUGCGCCCUGAAAGCCUGGCCCGCGAGAUGACGGAUGUUCAAAAGAAGAAUGACAUUCUCAAGUUCCUGGUCGACAACUGCCAGGACAUCUUCCAGGGCAUGUAG